AAUACGGCAGCGAGAGAAAAAAAAGGAAAACAAUAACAUAAAACAUUGCUCGUGCUGGAACGACGAGUUAUCCAACUUACGAAAGAAGCAAACUGCUUUUAUCAACGUUUUAAGCAAUGCAGUCAACAACAGUUUUAAGCGGUAUUGCAACAAGUUUAAAUGUGAGCUUCGUACGGUGCCUGUCGUCCAACACUGCAGCCAUAGUGAAGGUGCACCGUAGCAUUUACGCCCGCCGGUAUCCCACCGUGAUGGUUCUUCCGAAUGGAGCCACAAUCAACCUCAAUUAUCACGAGCCAAGGAAAAUAAUCAAACUUCCACUCGAUUUAAGCCAGUUGUCGGAAGCGGAACGGAAAGCUCGCAUCGAAAAGCGUAAACCAAAGCAAAAGAUUCGUAUUGACGAUGAUGUCGAGGAUACGUUUAAUGCAAACAAAUACUUGAAGUAUAUGAAGAAGAAAUGAGGCUUGGAAGGAUCUUACGUGCAUUAAAUAGCUUGUAAAUAGAAAACUAAAAAUUGUAGUAAAAAAAAUUGCUAAUAAAGUCGAUCACAGUUACAGC